UCUGCCGUGGUUCCCUUCCCUAGUCAAAACAGCGGGUGAAGGUUCGUUCAAUAGUCUAUGACUCCAUCGGCGCGAGAAAGAGAUCACAAAACACGCUAAUGGCAAUGGGCCAUAAAGAAGGAGGGACAGAGGCGCAGCGGUACGUCUGGAGAGGCGCCAUUCCGCUUCAGAUUCACCUCCACGAUUCCGAAGUCACCACGCUUCCGCCGCCUCCGCCAGCGUUGGUAUUGGCCCCGCGGAUAGGGUAUUUGCCUCUUUUAGUGCCUCAGAUUAAGCCAUUCUUUAGUGGUUCUCUUCCACCCGGAGUAGACACUGUCUGGUUUGAGUACAAAGGACUGCCGCUUAAGUGGUAUAUACCCACGGGAGUACUUUUUGAUCUUCUCUGUGCGGAACCUGAAAGGCCAUGGAACUUAACUAUACACUUUAGAGGAUAUCCAGGGAAUAUAUUGACCCCAUGUGAAGGUGAGGACAGUGUAAAGUGGAGCUAUAUCAAUGCUUUGAAAGAGGCAGCAUAUAUAAUCAAUGGAAACUGCAAAAAUAUCAUGAAUUUGUCUCAAUCUGAUCAGGCUGAGCUCUGGCGUUCUGUUUUAAAUGGUCAUCUGGAAGCUUUCUGUCAUAUUUCACAGAAACUUAAACUUGACGUUAUUAGAGACGACUUUUUCCUCAAAGUAAAGGCUUCUGGGUCAAAGUCUCAACAAGGGAAUAAUAACUUGGAGGCUACUGGAACAACCAGGACAGGUAGAAUUCCUGUUCGGUUAUACAUACGGACUAUCGAUGAAGAUAUAGAUGAGUUAGAAGAUGCCCAGACGGUUGAUAGUUGGGAAAAAGUAUCAUACAUAAAUUGCCCUGUUGAGAUUCACGGUGAAGGAGAAUGCUUUACAUUGCUCGAUGCGUUAAAAUCACUAUUACCCGAACUAUUCUCAGUGGAAUCCCCUCCGUCAUGUGGAGCAGAAGACGAGGGUGAACAAAGAUCAGAUGGGAGCAGCUCAAAAAGCCCCAAAGAAACUGGGGAGGGUUCGAGGUUAGUCCCAGAUGGCAGUGAGAUGAAGGUGAUUCGUAUUCAGGGAAUUGAGCCACAGCUCGAAAUUCCAUUUGGGUGGGUGGUGAACAACUUGAUGAACCCUGAGUACUACCUUCAUAUCUGUUUAUUCGUAAAAGUUGUCGAACCAAACAACUUAGAAUAGCGCAUGUGCUCGCGCACUCGCUGCUUAUUUCAUUUGUUAUUCAUUAACUGGAAAUUAGAUUUAUUUCUGUAUAGACAGACAGACCGGGGUAAGUAAAUAUCUAGGAUGAUUGUCUCUCUCA